AUGCGAGCUGCUCCACCUGCCCCACCGGCGCCGCCGCCACCAGCCUUGCCACCGGCCACCAUGGACCCUGCGACCAUGGCACCCGCGACCAUGGCACCCGCGACCAUGGCACCCCCGACCAUGGCACCGGGAUAUGAACAACCCCAACCCAUACAGUAUGAGCAAACCCAGCCGCCUCCCGCAACGGCUGCGGCUCCAGAGCCGGCCGCCGUCGCGGCGGUCCCGGGAGCAGCGAUGACCACACCAGCUGCAGAUGUCAUGACGCAGUUGCAGCAAAGUUUGGCAGCAGCGUUACCCGCACCAGAGGCAGCAACCGCAGCUGGAGCAGUUGCCUUAGAGGGGAGUGAAAUUCCGGGGGAAGAGGAUGCUGUACCAAUGCAGCAGUACACCUUGGCCACGUUGAUGCCGGGGAUGGGUGGCCAAUACGUGUUGGCUCCCGCCUCUGCCUAUUAUGGCGCAACCGCGGCGCCCGGCACCAACAACGCCGCACUUCAGCAAUACAUCGCAGCAGCAUAUCCAACCUUAGAUGCAACACAGCAGGCGGCCUUGGUCCAGUACUACUCACAGCUGCAGGUCGCUUCCGCACAGGCGUCUGGUGGACUUGCAGGUGGUUUGGCAACAGUGAUUUCAGGUGGCUACCCCGUGGUUGCGACAACAGGGCCGUCCAACGCCUGGAUCACCAAUCGCCUGAUUGAACGAGAAAAAGCGCGAAUAGAGAAGAAUUAUGAGGAGGCGGAUAAGUUGAGGAAACUGCUCCGGCAGAAUGGAAUCGAAGUGGAUGAUCGAGAUCGAAGCUGGACUUCGCGAGAUGGUCGAAGGGGCCCACGGCCCAAUCACAAUGACCCCAUGGAGGAGGAGAAUGAAGCGGCCACGUUGGUUUCGGCCAUGCCCGGAAUGUUGUCCGGACUGGGCGCGGUGCCAGCGAGUUAG